UGAAGUACGGAUGCGAAUAACUUCAUGUUUGUGAGAUUGAUGUAAUGACAAAACAUGGUUUCACGUUAUUGUUAUUGUUCUCGGCCGUCGCUAGCACGACAUGCAGGGACCAACAAGACUUCUGUGAGAGUCAAAGUUGUAACGAACGAGACUUUGAGCAGAAUCACUUCUGUGGAGAAAUACCACUGACAUUAUCACAUAAACUUUCAGAUGCUCUCCCUCUUGAUGAGGUGGGUGGUCCUGUUAUUCGUGCUGUGAAGGGCUGUGUGUUUGCAGAGUGUCAGCCCACCCCUCUGAAAGAGCCCCUGACACUGGCUGCUGUGUCACAGGAUGUGUUGAGGAAUAUUUUGGAUCUGAAUGAGUCUGUGAUUCAGAAUGAAGAAUUUGUUCUUUGUGUCAGUGGUGGAAAACUGUUUCCUGGCUCGAUUCCACUGGCACACAGAUACGGGGGCCAUCAGUUUGGUUAUUGGGCAGGACAGCUGGGGGAUGGAAGAGUACAUUUGCUGGGUGAAUAUGCAAACAGAAAAGGUGAAAGAUGGGAACUCCAGUUGAAAGGCUCAGGAAAGACACCGUACUCAAGGUCUGGUGAUGGACGGGCUGUGAUUCGCUCCUCUGUGAGGGAGUUCCUGUGCAGUGAAGCCAUGCAUUUUCUGGGGGUUCCCACAAGCAGAGCCCUCAGUCUGGUUGUAAGUGAGGAGCCUGUAUGGAGGGAUCAGUUUUAUAACGCCAAUGUCAUAAAAGAAAGAGGAGCGGUUGUUUUGCGCCUGGCCAGGUCCUGGUUUCGUAUUGGUUCGCUGGAGAUACUAACUAGAACCGGAGAGUUAGAUGUCCUGCGGACAUUAUUGGACUUUAUAAUUAAAGAGUAUUUUAAAUCUAUUGCGAUGAAUGACCCUGACAAGUAUGUGGUGUUUUUCUCUAGAGUGGUGAAUGAAACCGCACAUUUAAUCGCCCUCUGGAUGUCAGUUGGAUUUGCGCAUGGAGUAUGCAACACCGAUAACUUCAGUCUGCUUUCUGUUACUAUUGACUAUGGCCCGUUUGGAUUUAUGGAAUCGUAUGACCCAAAUUUUGUCCCCAACACAUCUGAUGAUGAGGGCCGGUACAGUAUAGGAGCUCAGGCUAAUGUGGGCCUCUUCAAUCUACAGAAACUUCUAGAAGCUCUGAAACCACUGCUGACCCCAGAUCAGCUGUCACAGUGUCAGCAAACACUGAAAGAAUAUUCACAAACCUACCAUCAAAGAUUCCAUGAACUGUUCAAAGCAAAGUUAGGCUUUCUGGGAAAUCAAGAAAAGGAUUCAUAUGUGAUUGCAUUUCUUCUAAAGCUGAUGGAGGACACUGGAGCAGACUUCACCAUGACUUUCAGACAGCUGAGUGAAGUCACUCUGUCCCAGCUUCAGACGGGAUCCUUUCCUCCGUCGAUGUGGGCUCUGUCAGACCUCUUAUCACAUGAGUAUUUCAGAGACUGGGUUCAGCUGUAUUUAAAGCGUUUGUCAAGGAUGAAAAGUGACUCAGAUGCAGCACGUCAAGACAGAAUGCAAGGAGUCAACCCUCGGUAUGUAUUGAGGAACUGGAUGGCUGAAUCUGCUAUCAGAAAAGCAGAGAAAAAUGACUUUUCAGAGGUGGCGCUGUUGCAGAAGACUCUAACAGAGCCGUUUGUGGAGCAGGAGGCGGCUGAGAGAGCCGGAUACUCCAGUAAACCUCCAUCCUGGGCUCAGCAGCUGAGGGUCAGCUGUUCUUCCUAAUCUAUGUUCUCAA